UUUGUGCUAAAACGGACUCGAAGUGAAGGCGCACAGGCAAGAAGCCAAGACUCGUCCGAGCUGCGGAAAUGGAGGCGUUGCGCUCACCGGCCGACAACCCCACCCCGAAUCGCGACCCGAACCCGAAUUCCAACUCCAUCGCACCUUCGUCACCCGUUUGGCCUACGAUCGACGGCCCGCUGGGUCUGUCGGAGGAGGAUUCCGUCGGCUACGCUCGCCGUUUCUACCAGUUCGGGUUCGCCCUCUUGCCCUGGCUCUGGGCCGUCAAUUGCUUCUACUUCUGGCCCGUCCUCUCCCACAAGCGCUCGUUCCCUCAAAUUCGUCGGUAUGUUAUCAGAUCAGCCAUUGGGUUCUCGGUGUUUAGCGCAGUUCUGUGUGCUUGGGCUUUGACAUUCGCAAUCGGAGGAGAGCGUCUCUUUGGCUCUGUGUGGAACCAACUGGUGAUGUACAACCUUGCAGAUAAAUGGGGUUUGACUGGUUGGGAUUAGUCACCACCUGGUGUCCUUGUAGAAAUUUCAUUGUGCUCAACCCAACUAUUGUGCCAAGUUCUCUUUGGGAACAGACCGUUGCCCACUUUUUAGCAGUUUCCACUGAUGCAGUUUGAAGAUAAUUUCUCGAGCC